GGUGGGAGACCACCUGGGAAUCAGGGCACCCGGUUCUCGCCUUGGACCUGGGACCGCAGGCCCAGGGGUCCUGAGACCAGACGCUUACCCGGAGUCCUGCCGGCUGCCCGGCGGGGUGGACCUACCCUCGCCCUGGCUCCAGGCCCUCCCCCGCGGCGCCUCCGUGCCCCACGGCUGCAGCGCCGGUAACCUGACCCGCGGCGGGUUUGGGCCGCAGAGACCGGCGGCCCCGCUGCUCCGCGCUCCCCGCCCGCAGUGCCGGCUCCGCUGUCGGGCGUGCGGGCGCAUGGCGCAGAGGCUGGGCGAGCGGGCGCGGGUGCCCGCCGAGGCCACCGGGCUGUACCGGGCCGUGCUGCUCCGGUCCGCCUCCAUGUACUCCGAGAUCCAGAGGGAGCGGGCAGACAUCGGCGGCCUGAUGGCCCGGCCCGAGUACAGAGAGUGGAACCCGGAGCUCAUCAAGCCCAAGAAGCUGCUGAACCCCGUGAAGGCCUCGCGGAGCCACCAGGAGCUGCACCGAGAGCUGCUCAUGAACCACAGGAGGGGCCUGGGCGUGGACAGCAAGCCCGAGCUGCAGCGCGUCCUGGAGCACCGCAGGCGGAACCAGAUCAUCAAGAAGAAGAAGGAGGAGCUGGAGGCCAAGCGACUGCAGUGUCCCUUCGAGCAGGAGCUGCUGCGACGGCAGCAGAGGCUGAGCCAGCUGGAAAAACCUCCGGAGAAGGAAGAGGACCACGCCCCGGAAUUCAUCAAAGUCAGGGAAAACCUGCGGAGAAUCGCCACGCUGUCCAGUGAGGAGAGGGUGCUGUAGGGCCGGCUGGGGGAGCCCCGGCCCCCGCAGCCCUCCCCCGGCUCCCACACCCUCCUCCAGCCCUCCUGUAUCUGGCAGCCCUGAGCCCCCAGCUUUGGGACAUCUGCUGUGUCCAUGCUUGCUCCUGUAAACGGCAUUGUCCCAGAGGCCCUGCCUGGCCCUCCUCCGCCCCCCGGAAGGAGCUGGAGUCCAGAAGCUCACAGGAGCUUCCUUCUGAGCACGCCCCCCUCCUGCUGCUAGAGGAGGCCUUUGGGGUACUCUCACCUCCCAGCAGGGGCGCUGAGCCCUUCCUGGCAGAGUGGGAAGGAGGGACGGGGCGCCCUGGCCAGGCCCCCAGGGGACCCUGAGCCUCUGGGCAGCGCCACCCGCAGAGCUUGGAGAACGGCCCUGCCUGCGGUUUUCCCUGCAGCCGGGAAAGGGGGAGAGGUUCCAGUGCGGCUGCUCCUGGGAGGAAGGGCGGGAGCCCGCAGGUGGCUCCCGUCAUGGCCGGCGGGAAGGGCACUAACAAAGACAGCUUCUUAGAUUUGCCAGCCUCCCCCAGCCCCUCUCCCCGGCCCCCUGGUCCCAGCCCUGUAACCACACCAGCCAGGGCUGCAGCCUCCUGCUCCCGGGAGUCUGCCACAGGGCUUCGCAGACGCCUUCCUGCCCGCGACUGGCUGGGAGCUUGCUAAACCAUGGCUUCUGCGUCCGUAGCUUUGGGGUGGGGCUGAGCCUGCAUUUCCAUCAAGCAGCAAGGCGGGAGCGCCAGGGGUGCUAACCAUUGGAAACGUCACCCCGAAGCCAUCCUGCCCCCCCAGUCCCUCGGGCCUGUGCCCUGGUGUUCCCACCUUCCCCUGCAGCCCUCAGGGCUCUCUGUGGCCAGCCCACCCAGGGCCCCAGGCCCGAGGAG